AAAGAACCCAGGCAACCGGAAGUCCAGAAGAAGAAGCAGAAGAAGAAUGAGGAGGAGCUGUCUCGCGCUCAGUCUUUCAGUUCAAGAUGGCGGACACAGAGGUGAAGAAGAAGAAGAAAGUGAAGAGAGCCAGUGAAGAUGAAGUCGGGGAGAUCCAGCAGAGCGGAGACUUCUUCAUCAAACCAGAGUCUAAAGUGGCGACGCUGGACACGUCCCAAUGGCCGCUCUUACUUAAGAACUUUGAUAAGCUGAACAUCCGGACGGCUCAUUACACGCCGCUACCGCACGGCAGCAACCCUCUGAAGAGAACCAUCCAGGACUAUGUCAAGACGGGCUUCAUCAACCUGGACAAGCCGGCCAACCCCUCGUCCCACGAGGUGGUGGCGUGGAUCCGGAGGAUUCUGCGCGUGGAGAAGACCGGGCACAGCGGCACGCUGGACCCAAAGGUCACCGGCUGCCUCAUCGUCUGCGUCGACCGAGCCACGCGGUUGGUCAAGUCCCAGCAGAGUGCCGGUAAAGAGUAUGUGGGGAUCGUUCGGCUGCACAACGCCAUAGAGAGCGAGCACACGCUGGCCCGGGGGUUGGAGAUGCUGACUGGCGCUCUGUUCCAGCGGCCGCCGCUGAUCGCCGCCGUGAAACGCCAGCUCAGAGUCCGAACGAUCUACGACAGCAAACUGAUCGAGUACGACCCCGAGAGGAGGCUGGGGAUCUUCUGGGUGAGCUGUGAAGCAGGAACGUACAUCCGGACGCUGUGUGUCCACCUGGGCCUGAUGCUCGGGGUCGGAGGUCAGAUGCAGGAGCUGAGGCGGGUCCGCUCCGGCGUGCUGGGAGAGAAGGACCACAUGGUGACGAUGCACGACGUUCUGGACGCCCAGUGGCAGUUUGAUCACAACAAAGACGAGACGUACCUGCGGAGAGUCAUCUUCCCUCUGGAGAAACUGCUGGUGUCCCACAAACGCCUCGUCAUGAAGGACAGCGCUGUGAACGCCAUCUGUUACGGGGCAAAGAUCAUGCUGCCAGGCGUCCUGCGCUACGAGGACGGCAUUGAGAUGAACCAGGACAUCGUCGUCAUAACAACCAAGGGAGAGGCCAUUUGCACAGGUGAGACAUGGCUGCGUGGGGGGGGGGUUGGUGCGUGCAUGUAUGGCCACAUGAUGAGAUUCAAGAGGGUGAUCAUGGAGAGAGACACGUAUCCUCGGAAGUGGGGGCUGGGCCCCAAGGCGAGUCAGAAGAAGAUGAUGAUUCAGAAAGGACUCCUGGACAAACACGGGAAGCCCAACGGCAGCACGCCGAGCGACUGGAAGAAAGACUACGUAGACUACAGCGUCUCCAAGGCGACGGAGGAGUCAGCUGACACUUCAGCAAAGAGGAAGAGGGAGGCGGCAGACAGUGACGGCGAAGCCCCCACGACACCCAGCACGCUGAGCGCUGAGGACGGGAAGAAAGAGAAGAAGAAAAAGAAGAAAGAGAAGAGGGCCAAACUAGAGGAGGCGGAGCCUGAAGAGACGGGGGCGGAGCCUGAGGAGACGGGGGCGGAGCCAGAGACAGAGGUUGUUGAAAGUGCCAAGAAGAAAAAGAAGAAGAAGAAACAGAAAGACGGCGAUGCGUCGGAGUGAUGACCGAUCAACCAAUCGGUGAACAGGAAACUGGACGCAAAGCAUUCUGGGAGUUUUAUUAUAAUGGACUGCAUGAACGCAGAGAGAAGAGGACUGUUUUUGUUUUUAUAUAUUUUUUUCAGCUGUAAAUACCUAACGGAAGUCUGUAAUUUGAAAAUAAAAGUCUGUUUUUCUGUA